CAGCUAUGGACACAAUAAUCAUAUUCUUAGACCCUGCCAGUCUGCACAUGACUCUAUACUAUACAGAGAUGCAUGGAGAGAUGGUUUAGGGACUCAGGAUCAUGAAGCAUGAUGUUUGAACCAUGACAUUGGUCAGCAGUUUCAAUUUAUGAAACAUUAAUGUAAUAUUUAAUAUAAUGUUCAUAUUCUUUAAAUCUGCAAAAUACCAACCAUAGCAAGUUUCUGAACACUAUAGAUGUAACAGAGAGGCGAGAGUUGGGUCAUGUGCACAGACAACAAAGGUACAUCACAAAGUGGAGUGACAGCAUACUUUACCUGGGCGGCGUCUGGUUUCCAAAGAAAGCAAUAAUUUAUUCUACUGGUUUUUGUUUUCUACUUAAAUGCGUGCUACAGCUGAUAGAGGGCCCAGGUGAAGCAUUGGGACUCCCCACAGAACAGCUCACAAGGGACUUUGGUGCAAGUGGCAAGUGACAUGAUCAUGAUGACCCCACUGUCAUUGACUCUCAUCAUGGUGGCAAUGACUGAUAGAGGGCCCAGGUGAAGCAUUGGGACUCCCCACAGAACAGCUCACAAGGGACUUUGGUGCAAGUGGCAAGUGACAUGAUCAUGAUGACCCCACUGUCAUUGACUCUCAUCAUGGUGGCAAUGACUGAUAGAGGGCCCAGGUGAAGCAUUGGGACUCCCCACAGAACAGCUCACAAGGGACUUUGGUGCAAGUGGCAAGUGACAUGAUCAUGAUGACCCCACUGUCAUUGACUCUCAUCAUGGUGGCAAUGAGUGGGAGCACCAGUGCCCUGGACAUUUUCUAUCCGUUUGGACCAGCUGCGGGUGAUACUUUCAGCAAUACUUCAGAUGACGGCAGCUCCCCUCUCAUUCCCCUGCAACGCUCAUUCCCUUACUUUGGUCGCACGUACCAGCAGAUAUACGUGAAUCACAAUGGACACCUCACUUUCAACCAGUCACUCUCUACAUUUACACCUACAGAGUUCCCUAAGAACUCGACCAGGGACAUUAUCGCCCCCUUCUGGACAGAUUUAGACAAUAGGGAAAAAGGGAACAUUUCCUAUCAGCAGUAUACUACUGGUGAUGUUCUUCAAAGCGCAACUCAAGAUAUCAACUCCAACUUCCCCAAUGUGCCUUUCACUGCUACCUGGGUGUUUGUGGCCACAUGGGACAGGGUGGCCUAUUAUCCAAACACAGGAACAGAGACGACCUUCCAGGUGGUUUUGAUUUCCGACAGUAAUCUGUCCUUUGUCUUCAUGAACUAUGGUGUUAUUGCCCAAACUGAAAGGAAGGUACAGGUAAGAUCACCACAGAUUUGUUUUUGUUUGUUUUUGUUUUUGCCAGUUUACUUUAACGCCUCUCUCCAGAUUGGAUACGACACCAUCGGCUCAACCCACCAUGGAUCUCUGCGCACCUGCUAUCCAAACAACACCAUAGACAUAGUGAACUUACACAACUCCAGCAACAUCAAUGUUCAGGGCCGCUGGGUCUUUGCUACGUUCCUCAGGUCAGAGGGCUUCAGAUGUACAAUCGAUCCAGGUGUGUCAUCUCCACAGCCAGAUAAUGUCAUUGGUAUGCGCCUGGAAGUUUCUACAACUGAAAGUCUAAGUGAGGCUGACAUUGAGGAGCAGAUACUGAAGCCAUUUGGAGACCUCCUAAAGAAGCAUGGAAUAAACGUCACUGGCAUACGCUUGCGAAGGUUUUACAAAACAGAACUCUGAGAGAGGAACAGAGAAGAGGAUGAGGAGGAUGCAGAAUGCAGGCAGAGUCAGCCCAAGCCCUUAUGGGGCCCCCCACCACCUUAGCGCCACCAAUAAUAUUGAAUAUGGUCAAUGUUGCACUGUUGGACUUACUCAUUUGCACCAUCACCAUGACACUCACUCUCACAGAGCACCUUACCUUACUAUGC